AUGGCACAAUUUUAUAAUAGUUUUUGGGUAAAAUGUGUUCUGAUUGUGUUAUUUGGAGUGUUGAUGCAGGAGAUCACAUCGUAUGUGCUGAUUGAAAGUGACAAAACGAUCGAAUCGUCUGUAGGAGGUGUUGAAACACCACAAAUCAAAAAUGUGCGUUCGAAGCGGGCGAUAAUGAAUAAGAAGAAGUUAUGGAAAUUUGGCGUUAUCCCAUACGAAAUCGACAUGACAGCUGGAUUUGAUUUCGAACAAAUUGACAACAUUAAGGCGGCAAUGAAGCACUGGGAAUUUUUUACAUGUAUCAUUUUUGUUGAACGACAUCCAAUUGAGCAUGAGGACUAUAUACGAUUUACAAAAAUUUUAGAAUGUACUUGUUGUUCAGAUAUUGGCAAUAUAGGUGAUCGUCAAGUUGUAGGGGUCACCAAUUGCGGUGGCGUUGGUGGUAUUAUUCAUGAGAUAGGGCAUGUAAUUGGAUUUCAUCAUGAACAUCAACGGCCUGAUCGUGAUGAUUAUAUUGAAAUCGAACAAAGUAAACCUGUCCAAGGGGCCUUUUUUUUUGACAGUCCUUACAAAAAAAUUUCACCAGAUGUGUUCGAUACGCUUGGCGAACCAUACGAUUUUGACUCGAUUAUGCAUGAGGUCAUUGAAAUAUUUACCAUUCGUCCGAAGAAAGGGAAAAAUGGCAUUGUGCCGAAAAUGGGUCGAAAUGAACGAUUGAGUGCAAUUGACAUCAGAAAAAUGAAGAAAUUGUAUAAAUGCCCUGAAUGCGGAAGAACAUAUUUGGAUAAAAAAGGUGCAUUCACUUCGCCCCAAUAUUACAAUAAUAAUUCAAUAAAUCGUAAAUAUUAUUGUGAAUGGCGAAUUAAAGCCAUUAAAGGAGAACGGAUUCUACUUGAAAUUACUGAUUUAGAUACAUUCUUAUUCAACUCAAGUGAUUGCCGAAACGAUUAUUUAGAAGUUUAUGACGGUUAUUGGCAUAAGUCACCACUUUUGGCUCGUUUCUGUGGUGCUGAAAUCCCAGGAAAUAUUGUUUCAAAUGGGAAUCACAUGUUCAUCGUAUAUGUUUCAAGUCAAACAGAACAUGAACAUCGUGGUUUUUCUGCGAACUAUAAAACUUUUCAUGAUUAA